UGAAGGAGGGAUUUUGUGUUUAACGUUUUUGGAGGGGAAGGCAGCUUGCCCGCGCUAGCAGUAGCUACUGAAAGGCGAACAAUGGCUCAUAACGUGCAGAGCGUGACUCUUUCUCUAACUUUACCAAUAUCUUGCCAGAUUUGUCUUGGAAAGGUCCGAGAACCUGUCAUUUGUGGGAACUACCACGUGUUUUGCUCCUCUUGUAUUGACGUGUGGUUAAAGAAGGCGAGUCAGUGCCCAACAUGUAGGAUCUCCAUCACUGCUGAAAACCCGUGCAGAAAGAUCAUAGGUGCCACAAAUGAGAGUGAAUCUAACGAGAGUCAGUCUAUUAAAAGACACUUGCGGAAAGCCAGAGCUGAACUGCUUCUGCGGGAAUAUGAGGAUGAAAUCGAGGGGCUCCAAAAAGAAAACGAAGAACUAAGGAACAAGAAUUCAAGCAUAGAGGGCCAACUUCAGGCACUCCUUCACCCAUCUACCCUGUGCAGCUCUCCGAAAACAAAGCAGUUGGAUCGGAAUGGGGAAGAAAAGAGAAUUGAUCCUCACAUACUGGAGGAAUGGACCAAUAAGCUACGAGCAGCCACUGAUAUUAGCGAAAAAGUAAAACUGGAUAUGGAGAAAUUGAAAGAGGCAAAUAAGACUCUGCGUUCUCAAAACAUCGAUCUGGUCCGAGACAACCUGCGCUUGAAGGCGGAGGUGGAAAACAGGUCUCCCCAAAAGUUUGGUAGGUACACCGUAGCAGCCCUGGAGGCCAAGAUUAGCCAGUAUGAGCGAGACCUGCUCCACCUGCGGAGGGCGCUAGAACGCAGCGACAAAUACAUUGAAGAGCUGGAAGGCCAACUGUCUGACAGUGAGGGUAAGUUAGGUGUCACGGAAGCUUCUGGAAGGCUGCAUGAGGCGGCUCUAGCAGGUGCUGCAGACGGUACAUGCCAGACCAAAGAUGGUGUAAUUGGUGGAAACUGCGACGACGCCAAGGAGCAAAGAAGGAUCGUCACCAUGAGGAGGAGCCUGAGCGCCAUGGAGGAGGCUUCCGUCUGUACUGAUCUUGACCGGCGGCCUGUCGGAUUCUCAGGCCCCUGCAGGUUCCUCCUCACUACGUCCUCCAAGCCCGCCAUGUCCGGCACAGUCUGUUCAGUUGGGCAAACGGGUGGGGAUUCAACGCCGGAAAAGGGGCAGCAGAAUUCCGCCCCGCAUCAUGGCCUCCCUUCCACACCCUCGUCCUCGUUCAGCUGCCUUAGUUUGGAGAGUCCCGGAGUCAAAGGCUCUAAGAGGACUGGGUUCAGGCCUUUGUCCUACCUACGGAGGCUCAGUUUUGAAGACUGCAGCGGUACUGCUUUUCCCAUGGCGGGGAACGAAAUUACAGAUGCCCCCGGCAUAGGAGAUUGCCUAUCAGUGGAGCCUGGAAAACUGGGAUUCUGGGGGGUGCAACUCUGUAAACCCAAGUCGCAGGGCCUAACCUUGUCAAUGCAAACCGAAGAGCAACCGAAAGGCCAUAACCAGGGUGGAGAGCUGACGUUGGGCGGGGAGUCGGGUGUCGAGGCUGAACCUGACGCUGUUCCGUUUGGGAUGUCCAGCGAGGACUCCAUGAACGCAGCGUACCUGGACAAAGUCUCCGAGCUGGACAGCAUGAUAUCAGAGUGCGAGAGCGGCCGGGGUUCCCGCUCCCCUCCGACGUCGGCGGAGCCCUCAGGGGAGCCCUCGGGGUUUGGCGCCUCCUUGGUGCCCGGGGUUGAUUGCUGCGAGGAGCUUUCGGGAACCUCGUCUGCGGGGUCAGAAGCUAACGCAACACGGGGACGGGGUGCGGAAGAAAUGACCUUUGACUCACCGCUCGCCCCCCACGGAUCCCUCGGCAUGGAGCCUGCGCCCUUGGCUUUGCCCGUAGUGCCUGAUGUGGGCUUGGACGCCUCAGAACCUGAAAUCGCCCAGGACACAGAGGGAAAAACAGACUCAAUUCAGCGGCCUAAGAGGAAAAGCCAAAGCGGCUUUAACUUUGCAAGUCCCUCCAAAAUAUCUAAGUUUGAGUGAGGCUUGACUUAACCUUUUUUCGGCUUAUGUAUUAGCCCAUUAGCCCAAUUCAUUUUUGCCGUUCGUGUCAUUAAUAUUAGCUUUAGUGAAUUCAUACCAGCAGUUUAAAGACCCUGCUCACUUCUGUUAUGUGUAGGCUGUUUUUUUCUGGUUUUGAUUACAUUCGGUAAGCUUUGAUGCAGCUAACGGAAUUUGUAAUUCUUUCUUGAUCUUUAAUUUACCAUCUUUAAUGGAUUUCAUUUUACCCCUAAAUUAAAUGUCAAGCUCAAAUUUUAAUACACUUAAGAUAGGUGCCAUCCUAUUAUGCACAUUUUUACAUCCUGUAAAAUAAAUAAAUGCCAACAGUUUAUUUUUUGCUUCAAAAAUUUUUACUGCAGUGUAUUAAAUCAUAAUGAAAAUGAUAUUGGAAGGUGGUAACAAUGUUUCAACCAAACACGUGGAAUGUUCCUGCUGCACAAACUGCACUGAUUACAGUGAGGAAAACGUCUCAUUGACACUGAAAAUUUGGUGGGAAAUGUUUGGUAAUCUGUUGCUUGUACAUGUUCAUGCUUCUACAUGUGAUAUAUAACAGUCAUACAUUGUCACAGUUUGUCAAAUAAAACUAAAAAAAGAUUUGUAUUUUCAUA